AUGACCGCAACCGAAUCCCAUGCUCGAAUCACGUCAUUAUUUGUUCAAGAUGUAUUCGUCAGUUCCGAAGAGAACGAACUCAAAGCUGACGUUGAGAUCGUCAACGACAGUAAUCUCGCCCAUUCGGCUCAGGUCGUAUUCCGUGGUUACGUCCGUAACGGGAACACCUUGCUAUACGAGUUUCUUCACGAACAAGUAUGGAUAUUUAUUCGGCCAUCAGGUAUGUAUCUACUUGUAUCAUUCCGUAGGCUUUCGAGGGGGCUAAUAGGCGUUUGCAUAAAUAAACAAAUAAACAAGUAG